UUGAACGCCGUUAACAGUUGUGGACGCGUUCACUUUUAAACGUUGUGAAAAUAAAUUUGUGAAAAAAAAAACAAUUCAAACCAAAGUGAAUGAAAGUUUAACGGCUUGAAAAGUAUUGGAGAAACACAAAGAAUUAGUAGAUCCUUUAGACCCUUUAAAUAGAGGAUUAAAGGAUUUUAUUUAUAUUUUGUAUAAUAAAAAGUGUUUAAAAACAAUUUUGUAAAGUGUGACACGCAUCAACAUCCAUUAUGGCUGAUGAAAACGGACCCAAGUCUGAAAAUGGCGUAAUUCCGGAGACUGCAGCAACUGAAACUGUUGCUGAAAGUACUCCAGUUGCCACCAGCGCUAAAGUAGAAGAUGUAAAAGACGAAAUUAACAAUUUAGAAGACACCGAUAAAGCACUGAGAACAAUUGAUCCCCAAACUGUUUCCGAAGCUGAAGGACAAGUUAAGAAAUUACCUUAUCCCAAAUCGGUUUUCUUUAUCAUCAGUAAUGAGUUUUGUGAACGUUUCAACUAUUAUGGCAUGAGAACUAUCCUGGUUUUAUAUCUUAGUCGUCAAUUGGACUACAGCGAUGACACGGCCACCGUUAUUUUCCAUAUCUUUACCAUGUUUGUGUAUUUCUUGUGUGUGUUUGGUGCCAUUAUUUCGGACAGUUGGUUGGGUAAAUUUAAAACGAUAUUCUAUCUAUCUUUGGUGUAUGUUUGCGGUUCCGUUUUGAUUACUUUGGGUGCCAUACCGCCGCUGAAUUUGCCGGCUACGACGUUUACCAUGAUUGGCCUGUCGCUGAUAGCGCUGGGUUCGGGUGGUAUAAAACCGUGUGUCUCGGCCUUUGGUGGUGAUCAGUUUAAGUUGCCCGAACAGAUCAAACAAAUGACCACAUUCUUUUCGUUGUUCUAUUUCUCCAUCAAUGCUGGUUCAUUGAUUUCGACAACUGUUACGCCCAUUUUGCGUGAGGAUGUUCAUUGUUUCGGACAAAAGGAAUGUUAUUCAUUGGCUUUUGGUGUUCCAGCUGUCUUGAUGGCCGUGUCUAUAGUUGUCUUUGUGUUGGGUAAACCUUUGUACAAAAGCAAACCUCCAGCAGGCAAUAUGGUGGUGUUGGUCAGCAAAACCAUUGGUAAUGCCAUUUCCACUAAAUGGCGUGAGAGUAAAACCAAUCCCCGUGAACAUUGGCUGGACUAUGCUGAUCAGAAAUACGAAAAAUCAUUGAUUGAAGAUGUUAAGGUUUUGAUGCGUGUCUUGGUCUUGUACUUGCCUUUGCCCAUUUUCUGGGCUUUGUUCGAUCAACAAGGUUCUCGUUGGACUUUCCAAGCCACUCGUAUGGAUGGUGAUAUGGGCUCUUGGGAUAUUAAACCCGAUCAAUUGCAAGUGUUGAAUCCUUUACUGAUUUUGGUUUUCAUUCCUCUGUAUGAUGUGGCUUUUUAUCCGGCCUUGAGUUUGAUUGGUAUUCGUCGUCCUUUGCAGAAAUUGACUUUGGGUGGUAUUUUGGCCGGUGUUGCCUUUAUCAUCUCUGGUGUUGUUGAAUUGAAUUUGGAGAAAACCUAUCCUACCCUACCCACACCCAACAUUGCCCAAUUACGUAUUUUCAAUGGUGAAAAUUGUGCCUAUACUUUCAAUUCUAAUUUGCCCGCUUUGAAUAAUAUCAAUCUGGGUUCUUAUGCUUAUUAUGAAAACAAACAUAUUAAUAUUGAAAAUAGUUUCAAUAUCGAAUAUAGUUUGUCCAGCAGUGAUCCUAAUUGUUUUGGAUUUCCAGCUGGUUCUUACCGGAUGGUCGACGAUAAAGCCCAUUCUCUGUUCCUGAGCUCGAAGAAUACCACACACCCUUUGAGUUGGUAUGAAGAUUAUGUUAACAAACCCUCCAGAGGCAGUCCAAUGGCCAGAACCUUGAGUAAUGUUCAACCGGGACGUACUAUUUCAUGGAAAUUGGCCAAAAAGGAUGUUGUCGAUCACAAAGAACCCGCCUAUUUGCACAAUUUGACAGAAUUCAGUUCGGGAGAUUAUAAGGUUUUUGUAGAUAAUGUUGAGGUUAUUCAGACUACCUUGAAAACUGGCGGUGUUUAUACCAUUCUUAUCAGCGAAAUAAAUGGACAACCGUAUGAGGCUAAAGUUAUUGAAAUCACCGAACCAAAUUCCAUGAAUAUUCUUUGGCUUAUACCACAAUAUGUGGUCAUGACUUUGGGUGAAGUCAUGUUUUCGGUUACUGGUUUAGAAUUCUCCUACUCUCAAGCUCCUCUAGCCAUGAAAUCUGUACUACAGGCCUGUUGGCUACUGACAGUGGCCAUUGGUAAUGUUAUUGUGGUCAUUAUUGCCGAACUGGCCUUGUUCGAUUCCCAGGCCAGUGAGUUCUUCCUUUUCGCUGGUCUUAUGUUUGCCGACAUGUUGCUGUUUAUGUUCAUGGCUUAUCGUUAUAAGCCCAACAAUCCCAUGGCGUCCUUAGAGGAAACUCCCUUGACUAAGGAUAGCGACCUGGAUGAAAAACAUGAUAUUAAGAAGUUGGAGGGUAUAGAUAAUAAGGCUGCUACAAUCGAUGAAUAAGGAGGCAUCUGCAUGUAAUGUAACUAGUACAUCAAAAAUGACAAAUUUUCAUUUUAUGCAUAAUUUAGUACUUAAGUACAAUUCUUAAGACUCUAGUUUUCAAGAGUUUGAGGAUUGAGCGGUAUUAGUAAAAAUUGUUGUUAAGUUUUUUUUAUAUAUGUAUGUAAUUUAAAUUAAAUGUUUUAUGUCCUUGAUGGAUAAUAAAUUUGAAAGAUAAUUAAAAAAAUAGUAUUAAAAA